UUUCAUGUGUUUGUUUACAUCGCUGUUCUGUUGGACAACAACACUGUCCGUGUGUCCGCAUGUUUAUUGACGACUGAUAAACGAGUGAAGGCGUAGCACAAAAUCAUGGAUACCAUACUUGAACAGCAAAGGCGGUAUCAUGAAGAAAGAGAAAGACUUAUGGCUGCGAUGGUCAAGGAAUGUCUACACAAAAAGAGCUCUAAUCGUGAGGUAAUCAAUUCUGACCACCGCCAUCGUAUCUUACUUGACCGAUAUGUUGAAGCCUCACAGCAUCUGGCUGACCUAUAUGAAGACAAGGAUGGCUUGAGGAAGGAGGAGGUUGCAGCAUUGUCUGGGCCCAAUGAGUUGGCAGAAUUUUACAAUCGGUUGAAACAAAUUAAAGAAUUUCACAAAAAACAUCCAAAUGAGAUAAGUGUGCCCAUGAGUGUGGAGUUUGAAGAAAUAAACAAGCAGAGGGAAGCUAAUGAUGAGAACCUGGUGAUGGUGGACUUCACUGAUGAGGAAGGCUAUGGUAAAUACCUUGAUCUUCACGAGUGCUACAACAAAUACCUCAAUAUCAAAGGGCUUGAAAAGAUUGACUACAUCACAUACCUAACAACUUUCGACCGAUUAUUUGAGAUCCCAAAAGAGAAGAAGACCACACAAUAUCGAGAAUAUCUCCAUGUUCUCCUGGACUACUUAUAUAUAUAUGUAGAGAGAGUCAAACCCUUGUUGGAUCUUGGCGAGGAAUUGGACUGCGUAAAUAAGGACUUCACUGAGCAGUGGGAUGGUGGAAGAUUCCCAGGCUGGCCAAAGGAGACAGGUGGUGCACUUGCAGCGAUGGGAGCUCAUCUUGAUCUUUCUGCUUUCUCAUCGUCAGAAGAACUCAUGUCAUUAGGUCUGGAUCGUCUUAAGUCAGCUCUUAUGGCCCUUGGUUUAAAGUGUGGUGGAACCUUGGAGGAAAGAGCACAAAGGCUUUUCAAAACAAAAGGUAUGUCUGUGGAAGAACUUGACCCCUCCCUCUUUGCAAAGUCUAAGCCAGGGAAAGUAACAAAGGGACGUGAAACAGAAAAAAUCAGAGAACUUGCAAUGUUGGAGGCACAAGUUUACCGACUUACAGAAACCCUAAGUGAACAACGUAUGGCUACCAAAGAGAAUGUUCAGCGUAAACAAGCCAGGAGAGACGGGGAAGAGGAGGAGGAGGAGGAAGCGUCUGCAUCUGAAUCUGAGGAUGAGGCCGACGAUGAAGUACCUUAUAAUCCCAAAAACCUUCCUCUCGGCUGGGAUGGUAAACCUAUCCCAUAUUGGCUAUACAAGCUCCAUGGUCUUAAUAUUAGUUACAACUGUGAAAUAUGUGGAAAUUUCACCUACAAAGGUCCUAAGGCAUUCCAGAGGCACUUUGCAGAAUGGAGACAUGCUCAUGGCAUGAGAUGUUUAGGCAUCCCUAACACUGCUCACUUUGCUAAUGUUACACAGAUUGAAGAUGCUCUCAAAUUAUGGGAGAAACUUAAAGUUCAAAAGACAUCUGAGAGAUGGCAGUCAGAACAGGAAGAAGAAUAUGAAGAUUCUCAAGGGAAUGUUGUUAAUCGAAAAACCUUUGAUGAUCUUAAGAGGCAGGGUCUGCUGUAAAUUUUCAUGGCAUGUAUGCUGGUAAUGUGUACAGUAUAUGAAGAAUGCCUACUUUUAGGUCUCAUCUUGUAAAUGUGCACUGAAUAUGUAAUUUUUUCAUUUUUUUUUUUUUUAAAGGGCCCAGAUGUUAAUGUUAACUUGAAGGGAAAUUAUAGUAGCAAUAUGAUUGUUUAGAUAGCAUUUUUGGGUCAUUUGUACAUUACAUUUGAUAUUUUCAUCUAAUUGUGGAAAAUAAUGGGACUUGCUUUUGCCAAAGGUGUAAUAGUACAGUACUGUUACUUGUCUGUGUAACCAAACAUAUAAGUACAAGGUCAUUUAUAUAACUGUUCAAGUAAAACAAUUGGAAAUCUA